AUGCCAUGCGCAGCUAACGAAGGCAUCUGCGCUAGCCGCGCUACCGGGCCGAACCUGGCAGACAGCAAAAGGGCACCUGACCUGGAACAGGCACCCACGGUACGACAAGGCAUCUCAAUGUGCUCGUCUUAUUACGACGCCCAGGGCUCGUAUGUCAGCGGCUUCGACUGUCCGGACUCGGAGAUGUCGGACGGAUCUGACCGCUUCUGUUGCUCCAAUAUCGACUACAGCUGGAAGUUCUGCUGCGGAGAGGCCAGACAUGAUGAAAACCAAAAGUACUUUUAUCAGCUGCGUCCAUUGCCCAUGGGCACUGCGGAAUCGGUUCUUGGAAACUUGGUUAUGAUCGUGGGAGUGCUGAUUCUCUGUCUCCUUGUCUGUGCGGCCUUGAAUAAAGCAUAUAGAGAGCGACGUCGAAGAAAAAAGACCCCAGAGGUCGUUGAAUAUGAUAACGAUCCCCCUCCGACUUUCAAGCUGUUUUAUAAGAAGAAACCUCCGCCAACUCGAACCCUCCCUCCUACCAUCCUGUCGCAGUAGAAAACCCGGACUAAUCAAGUGGCUAAUUGGUCUUCCAGCUCACACGUUCCAGACACGUAUCUACGUCGGGUGAUAGAUACAUUUUUAGUCCUGUUAAAAUACUGUAACGGGCGCGAAAUUACUAGUUCAAGUACUAAAUGACUAGAGACUAGACAAGAAUUCUGACUGGGAAGAUCGUGUUCUUCUUCAAAUAAUAAUAACGAUUUUAUUGUCUUCCAAUACUGUUGGCACACACCGUGCCCGAUGCGUAUACAUGUAAUCUAAUGUCUUUGUGGAUAACGAUGAGGCGGAGCGCCAAUUUGCAUUGCAAUCGAACGUUGAGUACGACGCGCUCCUUAUUCUGGGUGAACUUCCUCACCCGACCAGAACCAGUCACGAUCUGAACACCGAGCCCUGACUUGGCUCGUCUUUUAUAGCGUUUGGGCGCGUACAUAACGCAAGGAGCUAGCAAUGUCUCCUGCAAUGCUCUGAUUGGCCAUAAACCACUGCGCCAAAUAAUAUUCUUAUUCAUAAUAAUCAUAGCGUCUUUA